CUAGCCCCACCCCAAUACGGAACCGGCGGGGUGCUCCGGACCCGACGGCCGCUGGGUCCAGGCUAUGGGGCAUUCUUGGGUGGUGGGGAGCGCCGAGGGGGCACCCGCGCAGCUGCCCGUCGUGCUCACUGCGCUGUGGGCCUCGGCCGUGGGCCUGGAGUUGGCCUACGUGCUGGUGCUGGGCCCCGGGCCGCCCCCGCUCGGACCCCCGGCUCGGGCUUUUCAGCUGGCGCUGGCCGCCUUUCAACUACUCAACCUGCUGGGCAACGUGGGGCUCUUCCUGCGCUCGGAUCCCAGCAUCCGGGGCGUGAUGCUGGCCGGUCGCGGGCUGGGCCAGGGCUGGGCUUACUGCUACCAGUGUCAAAGCCAAGUGCCACCACGAAGUGGGCAUUGCUCUGCCUGCAGGAUCUGUAUCCUUCGUCGGGACCACCACUGCCGCCUGCUGGGCCGCUGCGUGGGCUUCCGCAACUACCGGCCCUUCUUGUGCCUGCUGCUCCAUGCCGCCGGUGUCCUGCUGCACGUCUCUGUGCUGCUGGGCCCUGCCCUGUCUGCCCUGCUGCGAGCCCACACGCCCCUGCAUACCGCUGCCCUCCUCCUGCUGCCCUGGCUCAUGCUGCUUACAGGUAGAGUGUCUCUGGCCCAGUUCGCCCUGGCCUUCGUGACUGACACGUGUGUGGCUGGUGCACUAUUAUGUGCGGCUGGGCUGCUCUUCCAUGGGAUGCUGCUGCUGCGAGGCCAGACUACGUGGGAGUGGGCUCGGGGCCAGCACUCCUAUGACCUGGGCCCCUGGCACAACCUUCAGGCAGCCCUAGGGUCCCGCUGGGCCCUCGUCUGGCUCUGGCCUUUCCUGGCCUCCCCGUUACCCGGGGAUGGGGUCACCUUCCAGACCAGAGCUGAUGUGGGACUCACGACUUCUUGACUCCAGAAAGAGCCAGAGCUGUUCAGGGACUGGGUAUGGGGAGCAGGAGAGCGGGCUCCUGACUCACUUCAGGGCUAAGGUUGGUACUGAAUGCCUGCUUCUGGCAACACAAGCCCUGUCUUUGGCCUUAGCUCUGCCCAGCAUGGACUCCUGGUGUCCAGGGCUUGGGCUUGUGACUUUGCCUCUGUUGAUGGCCCCCAAGGACAGUUGGAAGGUCUGGCAAGGGGCUGCUCUACCAGCCUGCCUGCCCCUUUGCCAGGUUAAUAAAGCACCCACUUGGCUCUUG